UAAUACUCUGUCGGUUUGCUACCAAGAAGUGAAAAAAGUGAAAGGUAAACAGGAAUCAAGUGUAUCUCACAACUCGAGCGCCAUGGGUUCUACUUGUGAAAUUGGUGCAUCGAUUAUCGAGGCUACUGCUUCUGGAGACCUCAACCAGCUUAAGGCAAUUAGAAAAAAGGUUGGUGAUGAAUGGGAAUUCCGGAAAAUAUGCGAUCAAUAUAGUGACUUCUCCACUGGCUGGACUGUCUUGCAUCACACGGUUGAAAUCGGACAUUUUGAGAUUUGCAAAUUCUUGAUCAAGAACGUCCAAGUUUCUGUUGAUCCCUUCACUUACAAGAUGGAGACUCCAACAGCACAAGCUGCCAAAGGGGAACAUGUCAAAAUUGUGGAGUUUCUCAUUGAACAUGGUGCUGAUAUCAAUCUUCCAAAUGUUGAAGGAUUCACUCCCUUGCACUAUGCAAUUCUUAAAGGUAAUAUGGAGCUUAUGGAAUUGUUGGUGAGAAACCGUGCUUCCGUAGACGCACAGUGUGUAGAUGGAACGCCGUUACAAAUUGCUGUUUCUCGUGGAAAUGCUGAGGCUGUCAAGUUUCUCUUGUCUCGUGGCGCAAACGUGGGCAAGCAAAACCUUCUGUUGCACUGUUUGUCGAUGAUAGUCUUGUUUAAAUCAGUUUUUGUUACAAUGUCAAGUUUACUAAUUUGCUAUGAUCUUGUGAUUUUCUGUGUUAACAAAUGAUAUAAUCUUAUGAGAUUAAUCCAUUUGCUGCUUUCCAAUUUGCAGCCAGAUUAUUUUUAUGCAGUUGCAGACUCCCCUCUUGGAAUCGCAGUCAGGUCAGGUCUCGCUCAUUUGAAUGCCUGAAAUUGCUGCUCAAGGCUAAUGCGAACCCGAAUGCCUAUUUCAACGGGUUUAGUCCUUUGUCAGCUGCUGCGACAGAUGAUGACACAAAAUUUCUAACAUCUUUGCUUGCAGCUAAAGCAGAUCCUAAUUUAGCAGAAGAAGUUAAUUUCUUUGUUUCCCUUUUUACUGUGCAAUUAUUCAUCCUCAAUGACUUGCCCUUUAACCUUAUUGUGUUGAUGCUCAGAGAUUCCUGCUUCGAUAGGUGCUCAGAGAUGCAUUAGACUCAUGCCAGAUCUCCCCAUCCCCGUUCGAGGAGAAAUUGAUGAUGCAGCUAAUGAGAUAUUCAUGAGAUUCCUCAUGACAGCCCUUGCCUUCUCCUUGGAUCCUUACAACAAGGAAACUAGUAUUAUCUGAUGUUUAACAUAGAUAAUGUUGGAUCGUAUUCUAUUUUUACUCAUAUACCAUUGAUUCAUACAGUGUUUAUAUUAUUACAUCAUUAUUGGCAUAUGCAAUGAACGAGAUAUGAAUCAGCAUUCAUUACUUGAUUCUUUUGAUUUAUUGUAAUCAUAAAGUGAUUAAAUACUCCA